AUGGCCAAGCCCAGCCCGAGCCCCGUCUCCUCGGGGGAGCUGCGCGGCCCGCGGACCUGCGACUGCGAGCUGGCCCUGCUGCCGCUGCGCCAGCUGCUGCUGCUGCAGCCCGACUGCUUCCAGCUGCGCGGGGACCAGCUGGCCGUGCUCCGCCCGCCGCGCCACCGGCCCGCCGGCGGCUUCACCGUGCUCAGCGAUGGCGCCCUGCACCACGACGGGCAGCGCCACUGCCGCCUCACCGGCCACUGCAAGAGGGAUGUAGAACUCACCAGCCAUCGUGAUUAUAAAGACUACAGAGAAACUAUACUAAGCAGACCACUAGUAUUCUUCACAAAUGUCAGAACAAAAAAUUAUUCCUCAAAAGUUUCAGAAAAAACAUACGCACUUAUCGUGAACACACGACAUCCUAAGAUGAGAAGACAGAUAGAGCAUGGUAUGAACACAGUAAUAUCCUCAGUGUUCGGAGAAAGUUACAAACUGCGGUUUGAUUUCCAAGAAGUUGUCAAGAAUUUUUUCCCUCCAGGAAGCCAUUUAGUUACCGGAGAAGACUUGAGCUUUUCCUAUGAGUUCAAAUCUGAUGCCCUGUUUGAUUUCUUCUAUUGGUUUGGGAUCAGCAAAAACACAGUUGCAGUGACUGGGAAAGUUUUGAAUUUGUCCAAUACCACUCCAGAAAAGAAAGAAAUAAGCACUAUGUUUCUAGAAAAAAUGGGUGAACCUUAUGUCCGUUUGAACAGUUUUUCAGACCGAAAAUUCAGUGUUACCUCAAGAGAUUCGAUAGAUGGUUUUAACUGCAGUCUGACACCACAGCCAUCUUUAACAAAUCCUCUUGUGAGAGUAUGUUGAACCCCAAGAGUUCAAGAAUCAGAAGGAAGACCAACAAAAUUCAUGAAAUUGGUAUAAAAAUCAUAAGACUUUCAAGUGAGAAUGCAAAUGCACAUCAAUGCAUUGCAGGAGUGAGAAGUUUGAGAAGGGAGGAGUGAGGCAGCUGUUCCUUGUUUGUGUCUAGGAUACCAGGAAGGGAUUCUACUCUAUUCUUUACUCUUCCAUCCCCCAACAUCAUCCUGUUUCUUUUGAAAUGGGCAUCUCCAUGGGAAGCAGAGUAGUCAGUGGGUAUUGUGUAGCUCCUCUUUUCCUCUUUCCAUAACACCAAGUCUGGUUGCUUACCACUGCAACACUUGGAGGCCUUGGCUACACUGGCGCUGUACAGCGCUGCAACUUGCUGCGCUCAGGGGUGUGAAAACGCCCCCC